AGCUGAAAAGUGACGUGUUAUGGCUGUGAAAUGAAAAUGAACUAUUUUAUGUGUCACACGAAAUAAUGCAAACCAAAGCGGAAGACCACUGUGUGUGCUGGCGACCGUACGACGAGGUAUACAGGCACGGGCCACGGGCGUACCGCGCCGGCCGCGGCCUGCUUGCGCUCGAGGACUGGCGCCGAGACCCUGCACUCCUCUGGCUGCACCACGUGCCGACCAACAAUGGGCUGCAAACUAUUGACUACAUCCUAGGUUCGGAUGAUACGUGUUUCUGGUCGAUACCCGACGUGGAGCGGUACUUUGUGGGUGACCUGCACUGCGAGUCCGUCCUCUUCCCUGCCCAGUACCCCACCCUGCCUCUGCACACACCGCACGGCAACCACCUUUGGAGGACUCACACGGCUCAGAAACGAUCGCCUUUUUCCUACUUAAAGGAGUUUCAUAUAUGUUUACAGACAACUAUGAAGAGGAUGGAGCUAGAGGAGAGACAGAUGGAACGCAUGAUCGUCAGCGAUCGAUUGAUACACCUCGACACCAUGGACUACUACAAGAGGAAGAAAUACUUCCAAAGUCUCUUAAAUAUCCUGAGUUUCCAGGAUGGGCUGCAAUUGGUGUGUUUCGAGAACCUACGUUGCUCGCGGCUAGAGGGCGUACGUCUGAUCCAGCAACUCGCCUGUUUCAACGCGCACUCGCUCAAGUACUUAUUUCUCUGGCGGUUUUUUGACUGCAACGAAAAUCCUCUUCUCGUUAACUACAGUUAUAUAACAGGUAGCGGCGCGUACAUCCCGCGGCCGAGCACCGCUCACUGCUUCUCGCGCAGCCUUGGAGAGCUGCUGAACCUGCGCGUGCUAGCACUCGAGUACGGCCACUUGGCGGACGGCACAGGCAACGCGCUCCUCUCGCUGCUUUCUAUCCUCAAGAGGCCGCACUUCAGACUUCAGGUUCUGUGCGUGGAGGAGCAUACUCCGGGGCGCGCUGAGCCGGCAUUGGGCGGCGGCGGGCUCGGCGUACCGGACGGCGCGUGGAGGCGCGUCGCCAGCGCUUGCCCAGACCUCUACCUCGUCAUGCUCUUCUAUCGCAUGUCGGAGUACGAGCACGUGCGGCGCUUUCUGAGCCCGAGCCUACCAUUACGGGAGGCGCACUUGCACAAUGGCACACGGCUACGUGGCGCCCACCUGGAUCUUGACAGCUUCCUAAGACACGUCGCUUACUAUUACGCCAGCACAUUAGUGACGUUGAGCGUGCAGCAGCGGAGUAAUGCCGCGGUGCCGCUUCGGGCGACGCUGGAGCGGCUGCCGGCGCUGGCGCGGCUGAUGUUCGUGGGCGCGGUACACGAGGAGGACCUCAGGGACUUGCUGGUGCUCGUCGCGUGCGGCGUCUGCUACAGGCUCGAAGAAAUGAAGAUUCUGGUGGAAGCGGACACCGAUAGCAGAGAACAUUGGAAAGUGGUCUUGUCGCGUCUCAAGGAAGAGUUUAGCGAUAUCAUGAAACUUUUCGAUAUUGAAUUUACUUUGAGUUUACAUAAAUUUUAGUUU